GUAUUAAUGCUUUGCUUGAAUUGCCUAAAAAUUGUGUUGUGGCAGCUGUUGGCAGAGAGCUAAUAAUUUUCAGGUUGAUUGAGAGACCUGAAGGUUGGAAUGUCCUUGAAGUAAAACGCCUUGAUGACCAUCAGGAUAACAUCUUGUCGUUGGUCAGUGUCAAUGAUUUGACUUUUGUGACAGGUUCUCAUGUGGGUGAAUUAAUAGUCUGGGAUGCACUUGACUGGACAAAGCAAGCAUCCGAGUGCAACUUUUGGGACACCUCUCUCCAUAACGAUGCACAGCCAGAAAUAAAGUUAUCCCAAAGCCCAAAUGAAACUUCAGUUCAACACUUAACAUCUGAUGAGGAGUGUGUGUUUACUGCUGUUGGGAAAUGCAUAUACGUAUAUAAUCUUCAAAUGAAGCAUGUGAUUGCCUACCAGAAAACUGCUCAUGACUCCUCUGUACUGCACAUUGCAAAACUUCCAAACAGGCAGCUGAUGUUCUGCUCGGAGGAUGGUAGUGUUCGCAUUUGGGAGCUCUGGAAAAAGGAGCAGCUGCCAGCGGAGCCAGUUCCAACAGGGUUUUUCAGCAUGUGGGGAUUUGGAAGGGCAAGCAAGCAGGCAAACCAAGCUGCUAAGAAGACCCAGGAGAACAUAACUAUGUAUUUCUUGGAGCUGGUUGGUGAUUUGAUUGGUCAUUCAUCAGCCGUGCAGGUAGGUCAGCUUUAUAAGAACAAGAAAAUGCGAGUAGCCCUUGGUAAUGUAAUUUUGAAAGUGUUUCUUCUUAAACAGCUGUAAUGGUGACUUUGUGGCUCUGGAGGCUGGGAAUAUGUUUAUCACACUA